UCUUUCCACACCUCUGCUCGCUCAGACCAGCUCGCGUCUGCGACACAGCUCUCUCCGCCCUUCCGACAGCGCACUCGUGCACGUUUGAGCCGGCCCGCCCUCACUCGCGAUGAGCCUCUCCAACCCGAUCAACCUGCCCAAGUGGCUCGCCGAGAACGCCGACCGCCUCAAGCCGCCGGUCGGUAACUUCUGCCUAUACGACGGAGGCGACUUCACCGUCAUGGUCGUCGGCGGGCCCAACUCGCGCAAUGACUAUCACCUGAACGAGACCGAGGAAUGGUUCUACCAGUACAAGGGCCACAUGACGCUCAAGGUCGUCGACAACCCUGUCCGGGCCGAGCGCGUCACGACCAAGGAGGGGCUUGAGGCCGUCCGGGUCGAGGGCGGCGAGUUUCGCGAGAUUACGAUCGGCGAGGGCGAGAUGUUCUUGCUGCCAGGGAACACGCCGCACAACCCGUGUCGCUACGCCGACACCGUGGGCAUCGUCGUCGAGCGGGUGCGACCCGGCUCUGCCGUCGACCGCCUGCGAUGGUACUGCCAGAACCCGGAGCACAAGACGCCGACCGUCAUCCGCGAGGUGUCCUUCCACUGCUCGGACCUCGGGACGCAGCUCAAGCCGCUGAUUACUGAGUGGAUGUCGACGCCCGAGCUGCGAGUUUGCCCCGAGUGCGGGCAGCAGGCCGAGGGCAAGUGAGGGCGAGCGUUUGUCGUUCCUCUCUGUGCAAAGCUUUCUCUCUCGCACUGG